AAAUAAAUUACACACUCGUAUAAUUAAAUAUCUUUUUUGAGAAUGACUCAUUUCAGCGUUUUAGUAGGCAAUGUCUCCACUUUUAAUGUAUUUAUUUCCUGACGUUAAAAAACAAAUUUUCUUUCAGAUGUACUGUCCAUUUUGUGGAACUGCCGCCAUAAAUUCUGCAGACUUUUGUUGUCAAUGUGGCAGAAACAUAAAAUUUGUCCAAGAUCAUGCAAACAAAGCCCAAGAUGAGAGGAACACUACCACUGCAACUCCCGAUGUUCAGCCAAGCACCAGCACAGGUGUAGAGUGUUUCAUGAACUUUAGAGCUAUAAAAGAGAGGGAAAGAAAGAAAUUUUUUACCAAGAAGCAUCAGAACAAAACACAGAAGGGAAAUAAACUGAAGAUUAAUGUUGGGCUUAUGAGGAUGCAGGGAGAUUCCCUUAAGACAGUGAGAGGGAAGUUACUUCCAGUUGAGAUUCACCCUGAGUGGGCAUCGGAACAAGUGCUUGCUGCUGCUGUAAAGAAGCAAAAGGAUUUCAAUAUAGACCUGAGAGAUUGUGCCCAUGUCUUGUUGUAUCCUGAUGCAAGGGAGGUUAAGAACAUCCCAGGAACAGACAUUCCUUUCACAGUGCAAAAGUACAAGGAGGCAAUUGGAAAGCCUUACCAAAGAAUUACGCUUUACAUUUGCCCUGUUGAGGAAUUUGCAAAAAGCUGUUUCAGUGGACAGAGUUCAAGUGAUGAUGACAGUGUGGUUCAUGUAAGGUUGCCAUCUCAAGAUAGUCCACUAUCUGACACUGUGGUGUGGGAUGGUCCAGAUGAAGCAAGCACUCCAAGACUGGAGAAAAUUUUGACUGGGCCUUUUGGACACACAGAACAAGGGUCUGAUCAGGAUGGCGGAAACACCAACGUCCAGGAGCAUCCCAUGUCCUCAGAGGGCCAGAACCACUUCUAUCGCAACUACACAAAUGUGUACGCACCAAUAAUUGUUGACAGCGACUCUGAGCCGGAUGAAUAUGUGAUGCAGUUCCCUGAGCAAAGUACAGACAACGUGACUGCUGCAGACAUCAUUUCAGAGCUCUCGGCAAUGAUCACGUCAUCAUCUCUCAGCCGCUUUAACAUAAACAGAGCCAAUGUAUGGGAUGGAGCACUGAGAGGUUUCAAGCGGGCUUCUUUCAACCCUUUCAAUGAAAUAUUUGUAAAAUUCACCGAUGACGAGGGACAGGCAGAAGACGGCGUUGAUAACGGUGGUCCCAAGCGCGAGUUUCUAAGCCUUUUAAUGAACUGCUUAAGGACUCGAAGAGUCUUUGAUGGGCCAGAAGAAAGGAAAUUUAUCACUUUUGACAGUGAAGGUAUUGCCGUUAAAGGCAAUAUUUCAGAGUUUUCUCAUAAGAAUGUGACAGCUGUUGGUGAAUGUGUAAUUAAUGUGAGCAAAAUCUAUACAGCAGCCAAAAAUGAUGAAUAUUUCAUGGUUGGGAGGAUGAUUGCCACUUCUGUCGUUCAUGGAGGUCCAGGUCCUCAAUUCUUAUCUGAGAAGCUCUACCAGCACCUCUCAGGGACAUCAACAAAUACAGAAGGAAAGAUAGAAGACAUCACUGACAACACCAUGAGGGCUUCUUUGAUUGAGAUAUCCAGUGCAGGUACAUUGACUGAACUACACCAGUCAGUUGAAAGACAUGCAAGCAUCUUGCAAACUGCUGGCUGCUUGCAGUUCCCUGUGACUGUUGAUGACAAAUUGAAAAUUGUAAAGGAGUUCAUUGAUUGGUACAUCAUUUACCGCAACCAUUUCUCUAUUCAAAGAUUCAAGGAUGGCCUUUCAACACUGAACUUCCAGAAUGCUUUGGAGCAGCAUGCUUCCGUCUUCAGGCCAUUUAUGUGUGCAAGAGUGGAACAGCUGACAUCCAAAAUAUUGGAGGAAAUAUUUGAGGUUCAGCUCAGUGAAAAGGGUAGCAGCAGACGACAUGAGGAAACAAGAGUGCUAGGAUUCUGGAGAGACUUUCUCCUUGACACAGAAGAACAAAAAACGGGUCUCUCUCUCCAGGACAUCCUGAUGUUUGCCACCGGCUUGAACACACUACCUCCAUCUUCAAUUCUGCCACCACCAAAACUGAUCUUUCAGGCCACUUCUCGUUUUCCUGUCAGUAGCACCUGCUCCAACACUAUCAAAAUACCAAUGUCCAAGACGUAUCAUCAGUUUAAAGAAGACAUGGACUUUGGGAUUCAAAACUCCCCUGGGUUUGGGCUUUAUUAAGGUCAAAUGCAUAACAACAAAACAAAAUGCUAACUAUUUAACUUGUCAAACCUGUUCAGUUAUGACACUGUUUAGUGUUUGUGUGCGACCUUCAAAUUUGGAUUUUUGUUUGUUUAUAAGUCCGCCAUGUUUUUCAGUUUGAUAUAGUUUUCGACACAUGAUUCCCAACUCUGUGGAUGUGCUAGGCCACACUGUCUCUGGAGGUUCUCAAAAUGUGCCUGAAGGUGUUCAUCUCCACAUUGAAUGUUGUUAGUCUCUGUCACAAACUGUCCCAAUUGCUCCUGGGAGACUGGGAAACCACAGUCUGUUCCACCAAACCUAGGAAUAGAAGAAGCACAGUAAACAUUUAGUUAUAUUUACAUUUCUUCACUAAACUGUUACUGCUGUGACUAUUGUUGUAACCUGUCUAAAUGAUUAAUUGUAUUUAAAUUUACAUUUUAGAAAUUGUCAUCUGAAAUGUUUAGAAUAAAAAGUGACAUACUGUUAA